GACACCUCCCUCGAGACAAGCUCUUGCUCACUGAGCUGCACCCACAGAGGGCAGGUUCUGAAAAGAAGGAAUCAGCAACACUGAAAUCUCCAGAACAAAGGCUCUGAUUAAGGUGCUUUUCUGACCUCAUUCUCCUUCCUUGAUGGAUUAUACACUGGAGCCCAAUGUGACAAAGAUAACAGACUACUACUAUCCUGAUAUCAUCUCAAGCCCCUGUGAUGGGGAACUUAUCCAAAGAGACAGCAAGUUGCUUCUUGCCGUCUUUUACUGUGUCUUAUUUGUAUUCGGUCUUCUGGGAAACAGCCUGGUCAUCCUGGUCCUUGUUGCCUGCAAGAAGCUGCAGAGCAUCACUGACAUAUACCUCUUGAACCUGGCCUUGUCUGACCUGCUUUUUGUCUUCUCCUUCCCCUUCCAGACCCACUAUCAGCUAGACCAGUGGGUGUUUGGGACUGUAAUGUGCAAGGUGGUCUCUGGUUUUUAUUACAUUGGCUUCUUCAGCAGCAUGUUCUUUAUCACCCUCAUGAGUGUGGACAGGUACCUGGCAAUCGUCCAUGCUGUCUAUGCCAUGAAAGUGAGGACAGCCAGAAUGGGGACAGCCCUGAGUCUGGCUGUGUGGCUGAUUGCCAUCAUGGCUACCAGCCCAUUACUAGUAUUGUACCAGGUGGCCUCUGAAGAUGGCUUUCUACAGUGCUAUUCAUCUUACAAUCAACAAACUCUGAAGUGGAAGAUCUUCAUUCACUUUGAAAUGAAUAUCUUAGGUCUGUUGAUCCCAUUCACCAUCCUUAUGUUCUGCUACAUUAGCAUCCUGCACCAGCUGAAGAGUUGCCAAAACCACAACAAAACCAAGGCCAUCAAGUUGGUACUCAUUGUGGUGAUUGCAUCUUUACUCUUCUGGGUCCCAUUCAAUGUAGUCCUCUUCCUCACUUCCCUGUUCAACAUGAACAUCUUGGAUGGAUGUGUCCUGAGCCAGCGGCUGAUUUAUGCCACCCAUGUCACAGAAACCAUUUCCUUCACUCACUGCUGUGUGAACCCUGUGAUCUAUGCUUUCAUGGGUGAGAAGUUCAAGAAACACCUCUCAGAAAUUUUUCGGAAGAGUUGCAAUCACAUCCUCUUCUACAUAGGAGGACAAAUCCCAAAGGAAGGCUUGGAGAGGUCCCACUCCUCCUGUCAACACCCCUCCCGUUUCUCCACCACAGACUACAUUUUGUGAGUGGGUGCCUGGAAGCAGCUCUUCAUUUAGGGGACAAAUGAUUUACAUUGGAGUCUGAGGCUACGUGAAGGGAUACUUUUAGAAAUGUGGUUACAGACAGAUGGCAUAUUUCAUGAUAGUUAAUGAACUCCUAUUGCAAAUUAAUUUUCUCAGGUUUUGAAAAUUUUGUUACCAUUCUCUGGAAUAUCUCACUAUUAUAAUAGGAGCUUUGUAAUUUUUUUCUUAGUUUUUGUAGUGUCUUUAUCAUAUAUCAACUUAAAAUUUAUCAAAUGCUUUUUCAUAUAUAUUAAGGUGAUCAUAUAGUUAUUCUCUGUUAUUCUGUUAAUUCAGUGAACUACAUUGUGUGAUUUUCUUAUUUUAAGUCAACCUGUA